AGAUGCGGUACGCUCUUGUGGGUAUUGCUUUCUAGGGGCUUGCCUCAGUGCGACGCGACUGAAAACGAAAAUAUGUCGCUUGACAUUUCUAUCAGCUAUUCUACCGAUUAGUUUGUUUGUUUUUUUUCUUAGUAUUUUUUAUCUCUAUGGUUUCUGGUGCUUUCUUACCGAAGAUGAGGCAGAAAACUCUGGGUUCUGUCGUGGGCUUGCUUUGCACAGGGACCUGCUUGGCGCAGGGCAAGGAGUUCUGUUUCGGCGUGAACAAUGAGAAGUACAGAUGUGAGAUGGGUUACUGUUGUGGUGAGACCGAGUGCUGCACUUACUACUACGAGCUGUGGUGGUUUUGGUUGGUCUGGACUCUCAUCAUCAUGCUGAGCUGCUGCUGUGCAUACAGACACCGGCGGGUUAAGAUGCGCCUGCAGCAGGAACAGAGGCAGAGAGAGAUCAGCCUCAUGGCCUAUCAGGGAGCCUCCAGUUCUUUCAUCUCCCCACCACCCCUCAACCUGCGCUUCUGGACAGACUGUAAGCUCCCUGACUAUGAGGAAGUAGUAGGCCAUCCUCCCACACCUCCUCCACCUUACUCUGAGAACCCUCCAGAAAUUUGCGCUCAGCCGUCUGUCGCUUGUUCAGAGUCAGCUGUGGUGUUGGAGACGGCGCAGGCGGAGGGCAGCACUCGCGAGUCGCAGGAACCGAACCUUGCAACAGCUGCGGCCCAAUCAGAAUGCAUAGAACACGAAGUAUCGGACAUGCACCUGGAGGAGGAGCUGAACACCAGACGGAGACACGUGACGGGCGACUCGGGCAUCGAGAUGUGUGUGUGCCAGCUGGACACAGAGGAGUGCUCCGGGAUUGAGGAGGACGAGGACAGGAUGUGUCAGGGGCCCAGUGGGAGCUGCUGUUCAGAGAGACAGGCUCUCAGACCCAAAGAGAUCUCUCACACACCAGAAUCCAACGGCGAUCAUGUGGUGUGAGUGUCAUAACUCGUAAAGUUACCUGCAGUUGAAGGGCAUACAGCUUUUCCAUGGUUAGCAUGUUUUUUUUGUUUUGUUUUGUUUUUUCCGCUUUUUUAAAGCCAACCCGUAAGGUAACCUUGAAGGCAGGAUGUUGGCAUGUUUUGCCAUUCAAAUAUCAACCGAAUAAUAUAAGGACUUUGCUCUUACAUUAUCAUUAACAAUAACAAUUAGUUUUUUUUCUAGAGAGAAUUUUUGUAUGUAGAUUUUUGAAAUCCUUUCAUUUUUGCCAUGCGUUUGAAAACAUGAGAAGAGCGAGCCGCGCUUUGAAGCUCCUUCACAUUUCACUUAAUUGCACAUCUCACUUGUCUUUGUGGCCUGCAACAGGACACUCACCACCACCACCCCCUCUCUCUGUCUCUCUCUCUCCCUCUCGCUAUCUUUUUUUGUAAGAUUCGAGUUCAGCCAUGUCGUCAUGGCCCGUCAGUCACUGACUUUAUUGCACAGAGGCUGAAAGACGGAGCUCGAACUAGAGCACCAGGACAAGUCUGACUGCUCGUCUUUGUUUUUCACAAGGCUCUGCUAAACAGAGUGCAGCUGAGGAGCUGACAUCAGCCGAGCUUCAUCCCUCAGGAACAGAGACACACUCUGAGGAGCACAGAACUGUAAGAACACCUUCUGAAGGAGAGCUACAUAAAGAAACCAUCCUGUGCUUUGCGUCUAUUUAUCGCCUUUUUCACCUUUAUUCAUGACCCGUGGAGAUGAUGCAGGGUUGAGUCGCUACAAACCGCAGUGAUUUGAAGCGGUGUCCUUAUUAGCAUCUUAAUAUAAGGAUGGGCAGAAAAGAUAAAAGGACUGACUUGAUUCUAACCACAAACCAGCAAAGCAGCAGUGCCACAGUAUAACGGCUUUUUGUUUUCUGAUUCAAACUGUUACAAAUCUAAACGAUUUAAGUAGAAGUGAGAGUUAGGAUUUUUACCUUUUUAUGGAAAUAUGGGACAAAAAACCCAGGUCUCUAUAAUUAGGCUGCUUUCACAGUUUUUUUUUUUUUUUGAUUAGCUUCUCUGUAACAUUUAAGAACUUGCGUGAUGUGAUGUGACUAUAUUCGGAUAUUCGGAACUGUAUACAGUUUAAUUAGGAACGCCACAUUGCACAGCAAAAAUGUGAAUCUCAAAAAUACAAUACAAAAAAGUUGUUAGUUAUAUGGUCAUUUUGUAAUAUCUGAUUUUUUAAAUUUUUUUUAAUAACAUAAAUCUCCACUCAGACUCGUUUUUCACCAGCAUUAUGCCCUCCGUGUUGCUUUUUUUUUUUUUUAUGAUACAAAUAAUACUCUCUACUUGGUGACUUGAUUGGUCCGGAGGGAUAAGAAGAAAAAAAAGACGUCACUUUUUCAUUUUCUUCUUUUGAAGCUCCGCUGUGACUGAAUGAUAUACAAAACACACUUCAAAUGAAAUUUUAGUUUUUAACCCUAACCCGGGAUCAUUUCGCCCCAUGUUUGGGUUUGAAGCCAGCAAUGAAGAUGAAGAACAUUUCUGACUGCUGCUUCUAUUUAUUUAGGAGACACUGCCAGCUUCACCUUUAGCUCCCUUGGACCAUAUGCCUGUAAAGUUCAUUUACAAAAGAAAAUCAUACAAACAGAAAUGUAAACCAGUGCAGAACGUGUACCAAGGAGGUUUUAAUAGCUUCUAAAAGCAAGGGCGCUUUUUCAUGAUGAGAAACGGCAUGCGUUGUGUGUUCAGAAACCAGACGUGGAAUGAAAACCAGACGUGAAUGAUAACUAUUCUUCAGCAUGAACCUUUUAACGUGGGCCCGGAUUUUGUAAUUGCACUUGAGAAAAGAAAUUUUUGAUACCAUUUUUUGUAAAGUGACUCAUUUGCUUUAAAUGGAAAACUCCAGCAUAUUUUUCAACCUUUUUAGCAAAUCGUGUGUGUGUGUGUGUGAGAGAGAGAGAGAGAGAGAUUAAAACAAACAUUAUGUAGAAAAAUAAAACAAACCUGUUUAUACCAAAACUGCCUUGUACUGGCAGUCUACGGGUAGUUUGGAGCGUGUCCUACUGACAAAUAUUUUUAUGAACGUUUAAAACUUCAGUUAUUGACACAUUAGAGUGAAAGAUUAAUGACAAUGUUUUACAAAAAUAAGCUUUGCAUAAACAUUUAUUUUGCAGUUCAACAGCUGCCCUUAGGCUUUUAUUAUAAGUGAGUUUUGUGUAAACAGGAUUUCGGUUCUUUUCGAAUUACAGCAGAGGUGCCAACUUUGCCGUAGGAUUUUUACGAUUUUGUAAACAGCCGACAUCUCAAGACUAUCCUUUUCUGCUUUUUCAAUAAAUAAAUAAAUGUAAUAAAUCCGGACGGCAGAAAAUCCAGUAAAAAGGAUAACGUUCGAAUGGACACGACGUCAAAGAAUUCUUCCACAUCUGGAUGAUCUUUGACUGGAUCAUCUGGAGGAUAUUUGACUUUGACUAAUGAUUUCAUGAGCCAGGGUCUUGUGAGCCAAUAGAGAAUGAGGGUGGGGCUAAAGUCUCUUUGGUCCAUUAAAAAUGAAGAUGCUACUUACAGUGAUGUACCUAAUUGUUGUCAUAAUGUUCUCUGUUGCUUGGGGCACAUCUAGAGCUAAAAUUAGCCAUCUUAUUCACCAAAAUUGUUUCCUUUCCUGGUAAAAUUCUGCGAGUUUCUUUGUAACACAGUUGGCACCGCUGAUGUGUAUUCACACAGUCCAUCAUCCAUUGUAAAUUAGAUUUGUUCUCUUCUCAGUACAGAACAUGUUAAUCUUUUCUACGGUAAUCACACAAACUGUGUGUGUGUGUGUGUGUGUGUGUGUGUGUGUGUGUGUGUGUGUGUGUGUGUGUGUGAGUGAAGGUGAAAGAACAUGAAAUCUAAUGUUUCAGCGAGGUGUUGGUAGGAAAGCGGAGUCUCGGCCAAUGCUGCUGUUCUGACUCAUAUCUUAAGGGCUUCAGUCAGAGUUAUAUGCACGGGUGUACCAAUGUUUUAUAUUGUAUCAUGCCGCAUGACUGCACCGUGUUCAAGUACAUGCUUUAGGAUGGCUGCCUGCAAGAUUGGCAUUUAUCCGUCUUUAACUAAGGUUGUUUAUUUUCAUAAGCCAACCCAACUAAAAAAAAAUCGCACCGGACAUACAAAGGUUUCUGUAAUGCUUUACUCUAUGAUUAUUGGCGCCAGCAGGAAAUUACUAAGCACGUUCAUGACACACCUAGAAAACUCCAUAAAAGGCAAAGCUCACUAAAUCUCCCACUAACGCAGCUCAGCCACUGCAGCGAAUCACCUACUGGUUUACAGCUACCGAGUUUUACCACUGAACGCAUUCCGUUUGAUAAACGAAGCCCACUGAUGCAGUGCGAACCACUUGAUGAUAAUUUCCAGUCAUAUUGGAAUUCCUGUGUGUGCGCUUGCACUCGACAUCAACAAUCCUGCGGAAAAUGUGAAACACAUGUCGGCGCAUAUAUGUAACGAUGCUCAGCCCUCGCAUUCGAUUCACUGUUAUUAGCACUUGCUCUUAUCGUCCCUUUGAGUAGCUUGUUUUCGUUUAAUCUCAUCAUUUUUGACUAAUCUGUGUGUAUUUAUAAUCUGUGAAAACAAUGAAUUCUGUUACCUUCGUGCGGAAUAAAGUACAGAAAACAUUUUGACACAUCGCGAAGCUGCUCUGCUAGGUGACUAAUGCUAAUCUGAACAUACUGAGCAUACAGCAGAUGACCCGUUGGUGUUGCCCCACACUUAGCAGUUAAUCAGUUAUUAUUAUUAUUAUUAUUAGUAGUAGUAGUAGUAGUAGUAGUAGUAGUAGUAAGACUGCUUUGGAAUGAUUUCUGGAACGUCCCACUGCAGGAUUAGAGACUCUAAGUGGUAGAUAAUUGAUCAAUGAAUAGUUUUUUUUUCUCCCCAUGUUUGUUUUGUUGUUCGAGUGAUUUCAAACAGGAAAUGUGACGGUGCGAUAUACAGUAUCUAAUUUCAAGAUAGAUAUAUUCAAGAUAGAAUUUCAAGAUAGAUAUUGUUCCAUGUUUCUGGAAUAAUAUAUGGCAUGAGGAAUAAAAUCUGAUUGUCUGACUUUUUUUCAUCUGGUUGAAUCUCAGAUGUUGGACUUGUCUUAAAAUUGUUGUGAUCAUCUUAAAUUUUUGCUCAGAAUUUUGAUGUGGUGAUGGGUCUGUGCAAAAAUAGAUAAAUAAAUAAAGGUCUUUUGGGUAGAGUUUACUUUGUGUAGUGCAUAGGUCAGAAAACUGGAUAAUCUACUUAGCUAGCUUUGCAGGUAGGUGACUAGCUCACUGGACUGAUGUGUAACAUUUGGUGAACCCCAUCACUUUUUUUCCCUUGUGUAAGUAGACUGUAGUGAUCAGUGUUUGAAAAUGGGAUCAUGGGCUGUCUCCUAUUAACCAAUCACAGUUCUUUCCUCCAAAAAAGAUCAGGAAGUCGGGAAAAUUCUGACUCCUGAAUGUUUGAAUAAAGAAGCACAUGAGCCAGAAAUUUGAGAGUUAAAAUUUUGACACAACGUGCUGAAGUUUUGAGAUAAGCCAGAAUUCUGAACUGGUUAUUUAAAAAGUUGGAGAGAAGUCAGUUGUUUAAAGUAUGAUCUUGCAGUAAUAAGCCAAACAUCAGAUAAAGUGUUUUGAGCUAGGCCAAAAUGUCCAGACUUUGAGAUAAUAAGUCAAACAUAAUUGACAGACUGCAACUGGCAGAAAAAUAUUUAAUACGAUUACAUUUUUAUUUUCUGCUUGGUGGAAUUGGCCUGUGUGACUGUUUGUGGUGGUUUGAGAGAGGUUUGCUGAAGCAUGUGGUUGUGUAGAUGCAAAGUUGCAUGUCUCCUGAGUAGCAGUGUGAGCUGUAGCAGCAUCUGAAUGAGAUUUGAUAGGUUUUUUAAUUUUUUUUUAAUUUUAGGGAAUGAAGCAUUUAGCUUCCAUAUGUAAUGUGUGGCAGAUUUUGCCCAAAUAGUAUGGCGCUAUUAUUUGUUUUUUCUUCUUAAAAAAAAAAAAGGGCUAGUAAGUAAUUUAGUUUAUAUUAAGGUUCAUGUGUCUAUUACAUACGAACGAUUGUACAUUUUAAGGCCGCUGUUGUGGUGGGUGGUUAAUUGGCUGCCAUGUUUCUGCAGUUUUGUGUAUAUAUAAAUGUAUGUACUUAGAGAUGUGCAAUGAUCUCGAUCUCUCUCUCACUUCCUCCCUCUUUCCCUCUCUCUCUCUCUCUCUCUCUCUCUCUCUCUCUGGACCUGUGGGAAUAUGUAUGAAUCUAUCUGGAGACGUGUGUAAUGGAGAGAAUCAUCUCUCUCUCUCUCUCUCUCUCUCUCUCUCUCUCUCGUAUCUCUCAGCACAACCGAGGCGACAGGAACCUUGGAGACGGAGCUGCAGGUGUUUUGGCCAGAGGUUUAGAUCAGUGAUUCACAAAAUGAGGUCUGAUUAUUUUAGUUACACAUUGUCAGAACCUGUUGAUGGACCAUUUAGAAACAGAAGACUUUCAAUGUCCCUGUAAAACAAAAAUCUUAUUCUGAUCUUUAGACUGUUCAGGGAUCUGUGAGGUUCAAUGUUUAAGGAGUCACUGACUACAAAACACUUCAGUCCUUCUGGUUUAGCAAAGAAGCCUUGCAGCAUUUCAGGUCUGUUUGGGUUGUGUUUUCAGAUCCUCUCUGUCUCUCUCUCUCUUGCUCUCUCUCUCCCAAGAAUUUAGCCAUAACUCAGUUUCAGUUUCCAUUACACAUCCAGUAGGGAUGCUUACACUCACCGUGCCUUGUUCUUCACAAUGAAGCUUUCCCAAGGAAAAAUUCCCACCUUCUCUCUCUCUCUCUCUCUCUCUCUCUCUCUCUCUCUCUCUCUCUCUCUCUCUCUCUCUCUGUGUUUUUGUGUCUUCACACCUUCGUACUGUAUCUAACUAUAGGCUAUGCACGCGAAAAUGAAAUGUAGGUAGGCUCUGCAGUGGUUUUGUCAAUACAAGCAAUACUAUUCUCAGUCCACAUUGCACUGCAUCUCAGUACACGUCUACUCGGAGAUGAGAAAUAAUUUGCUACUACAGUCAUUUUGUACACAAACGCUUUUGUACAUUUAGUGACUUUUGUGAUCUAAAAAUAAAAAAGGGUGAAAGAAGCGAAAAAGUCUCUGACUUAAGACGGCUCAGCUUGCAGCCUGUCUCUCGCUCCCCUCUGGUCCAGACCUGUUCGAUUCAUUCAGUCCGGGCCGUACACUUCCAUCUUGUCGACUUACUUUGAUUCAUUACUGCUACGUUACACACGAUACACAGCUUUGUGUUGAUCUCUGAGCACAUCCCGUCGUUGGAACCGGUUUCUAAUUUUGUUGAUCCAGUUUUCAGCGACUGAAAUCUGAACCGCUGCCUCACAGGACAACGCGCAGACUCGGCGUAAUAGAGCCGUGUCCUCAUAUAAGCCUGUUCGAAGGCUGUAGGAUUUUUUUAUUUUUUUUUUAAGUCAUGAGUAGGACAGAAUUUCUGUCGCGCAUCCACUGACAUUUUUAGCUUCAUAAUCCAUACUAUCAUUCAGUUCAGUUAUAAAAAGCGUGUACACAUUUAUGUUCUUUGUUACUUAUUUUACUUGUUACUUAGAAAAAGCAGUUGUUUAAGAGCACAGAACUGUUCCUUUUCUUUGUUGCUGUUGCUUGUUACUUAGAUCAAGCCAAAAAAUAAAAAAGGAUUGUGAAAUGGGAGGAAAAAUCUGAAAAUCACUGAGGAGCGUGGGAAAUCCUAACGCUCGGGGUUGGCAAGAAGUCGGCUGUGUACUCUUUGUAUUUUAUUUUUGUAAUAAAAUAAAUAUCGCACA